GUACACAAUCAUGUGUUAUGUGUCGAUUUCUUUCAUGACAUGCAAAGUCACGUAACGAGUUGCUUUGACCGUUGUGGCUAAUGUUGCCACUGACCAGCCUUGAAGUACUUCGUGUUGGCCGUAGUUGAGCAGACAUAGAGAAACGCGAUGAGAUUAAAACUUUGUGCAAACCAAGACAUGGCAUUCAAUGGCACUAAAUGAGGUGGUUCGUAGAGGCUAAAAGGAAUCCUAUAGCAGCAAAAAUUGAAUCACCGUUUGAUCUCAAUCAGAAGGUGAUCAUAACAGUUAAGAGCCAGAUCACUCUAGUGUGGUCCAUUGAACAAGAAUAUAUAUUUGCAAGCUAAGACUAGACAUAUCUCCAACAACUCAUUUGAGAAUAACAUCAUGGAGAAGAGGCCUUGUACUCUUGCCGUUGUUCCACUAAUGCUGCUGCUUUUGUGGCCGACUGUGUUCCCAGAAGUACUGGCUUGUCCGACUACCGGCGGUGGAUGUAAAAGAUGUCCGGCUAAAGGCGGUGAAUGUAGAAGCUGUAUCGUUAAUCAGAUGAAGUUCGUCUGCCCAAGGUGCGUGCCAAUUCUACGAUGCAUGGCUCGAUGCUUAUGGGGAGGCAGCUCAAGAAUGAACUGCGUUAAAAAGUGUGAUUGUGGUGGCGGCAACCCAAAACUUUCUGAUUGCAAGAAGUGCAUGGCACGCUGCAAGUGUAGCUGCAUAUCAUACUAGAUGAACUCCAAGCUUGUUUCACUCUAGAUCAUAAGGUCGAAAUCUUUUUAUGUCUUAUGAAGUUCUAAUAUCUAUUUGCAUGUCAAUCUUAAGAUCGAAACCGUGAAACUAGUCCCAAAUACUAACAUCACCAUCUGUAUAACUGUGUUCAAUGUUGAAAUGGUUUGCGGCCUCCUAGCCUAGCUUAGAAUUGUGAGCCGGUAACUAGUUUUUUUUUUUUUUGGUCUGAUCCGAUAACUAAGUAGGUGAUUGAUUUUUGAGCGAAUCCCUUGUGCAUUUCAACGAAGUCGCACCAAACACACCACACUCGAUAAAAAUGUUGGUUUGUAUAUUUCGGUGAAGUCGCGCUAGAAUGAUACACCACCCAAUAGAGGUGACAAUUUUAUAAAUGAUCAGUGAAGUCACACUAAACGCACACCACUGUAUCAAGUUUGAUCGUGCAUUUUG